GUGUAAUGUUCAUAAACACCUCAGUGCCUCUGUGCGUCCCACUGCAGCCCUGGAAGGUCUACCUGUUGGUUGGACAUGAAGUCUACUCCAGUCACUAAAGCUGCAUCCUUAAUGUUGCUGCUGCUGCUGCUGCUGCCACUAGCAGCAGUUUACUGCUACAAACCCGUCGUUAUCGUGCAUGGUAUUUUUGAUGGACCCAAACAGUUCAAAAGGUUGUGUCAGUUCAUCACCAAGGUGCAUCCAGGUACUGAAGUUUCAGUGAUUGACUUGUACGAUCACCUUUCCAGUCUGAAGCCAAUGUGGACGCAGGUCACAGGUUUCCGGAAAGCCAUUGACCCGAUCAUGCAAAGAUCUCCCAAUGGCAUUCACCUUCUGUGCUUUUCACAAGGUGGUCUAAUUUGUCGAGCACUCCUUUCCACUGUUCCACAUCACAAUGUUGACACUUUUAUCUCUCUGUCAUCACCACAGGCUGGGCAGUACGGAGACACCGUUUACCUGAAAUGGAUAUUUCCUGAUCACUUCAAGACAACAGUGUUUAGUAUUUGCUACAACACAGUGGGACAGGAAGUGUCCAUUUGUGAUUAUUGGAAUGAUCCUUACCACAGGAACCUCUACCUGGAGAGCAGCAAAUUCCUGGCACUGCUCAAUGGUGACAGACUGCACAAAGAGAUGAAGGCUUGGAGGGAAAACUUCCUGCGUCUCAAAAAGCUUGUGCUGAUUGGUGGACCCGAUGAUGAUGUCAUCACACCAUGGCAGUCCAGUUACUUUGGGUUCUACAACCAAAACGAAGACAUUAUUGAAAUGAGGAACCAGGAGUUUUAUGCCAAUGAUACAUUUGGGCUGAAGACGCUGGACACCCGUGGAGAUGUGUCAGUGUGUGUUCUCGCUGGUGUCAAACACACUUCCUGGCAUUCAAACUACACCGUGUUCACCAGCUGCAUGGAGAAGUGGUUGAUAUGAAGACAAUAGCGCCUCAAGAGUGUCAGUGAAGUCACUGACACCACACAGGCCGAGCUACUGAAACUAUUAACACAUACAUCCAACAUAUGUUUAUGAGUCAGUAAUCACAGUAUGAAUGCAAUGGAUUUGUUUCUCUUUUUGUUUUUCAUCAUCACUACUUUGUGGGACAUAGAGGACAGAAGUCUUGUCCCUUAGUGGCUUUGAAUAUUUUUUCUCUUUAUUGAUGUGGCAAUAAUAGAGCAAAUUUCAAAUUGUCAACCAAACAAUUUGUCAGGGUUUGAGUUUUGUUUGGUUAUCUGUAUUAUUUUCUUUCUUUUGAUCUGUCUGUUAUUUUUCGUAUUUCAUUGAUUUUGGUUUCUUUAUUCUCUUGCUGGGGUUUUUCUGCUUGGGUCUGUCUGUCUCUGCUUGUCUUUCUCUUGGUCUUAGUGAUGGGUGUUUCCCUCUCUCUGGCCACGCCCUUGUUCUGGUGCUUCCAUGCACACCUGUUUCUGAUUUGCUGAUUAUGACCUGGGGCUAUAUAAGCUCACUGAGUGGUUUAGUUCCUUGCCAGUGUGUUGUGCCUUGUGCUUUCAUUCCAGCUCUGUACCUGUGGUUUUAGUCCUGCCUGCCUCCUUGUGUAUUCCUGAUCUCCAGCCUGUUGCAUCAACCAUGCCUUUUGCCUGAUUGUUUUUUUACUGCCUACUCAUGUACUGACCUCUGCUAUCCAAUAGAGUAAAGCCUUAUAAAAACGAGAGGUGUUUGUUUGAGCCAUGCAUUUGUGUCCAGCAAUUCCUCACCAUCCAGCCUGUUAGAACAAACUGUCACAAUUGCAUAGAAUUUUGCUUAAUUUCCUUAAUUGGUAAUGAGGUUGGGCUUGGACAGCAAAAAUGUAAAUAAAUUGGUGAUCCAAGUAAAACUAAAAUGUGACUUCACGUAAAACAAUUCAACAAUUAACCAAACAGAAAAGUAUGAAGUCAUGAAAGAUGAGAAAAGGAGUUCAAGCUUGAAGGAGCACUCUGACCAUGAAC